AUGGAUAAUAGUCCGACAACUGUAGUUGAUAAUGUUGGGGGCAUUUCAGAUGCAUUUGAUUGGCUCAGUCAGACGGUGGAUAGUGGUGGCUAUUCAGAGGACGUGACAUUAGACAUGGGAAUGGAAUAUGCUGAGACAACUGGUGGUGCAGCAUUGAAGCAGACGCAGGAUAAUGACAACAUGUCUGUUAAAGGAAUUUCUUUAACUGCCGAUGAUAUUAUACAGAUAGAGUUUAGUGAUCCUAAGCAGGCUGCACAUUUGUACGAGGAGUACAGCCGUGUGAGAGGUUUUGGUAUCCGACAAGGGAAGAAAAUAAGAAACAAGAAAGGUGAAUUUGUGCAAUUCACUUAUCUGUGCAACCGCGAAGGCUUUAGAGAUAAAAAAUGGCUUCAGAUGCAUCAUCGUAAAAGGGAGCAUAAGGUUGUUACUAGGUGUGGGUGUCCAGCUGAGAUGCGGAUAAAAUCAAGAGAUAGCACCGGAAAAUGGUACGUGUCACGUUUUGUGGACAAUCACAACCAUGAUCUUCUACCUGCCAAGUUUGUUGAGUACUUGCCUUCACACCGUAAAAUUUCAGAUGUUGACAAAGCCCAUAUGGAUAGCAUGAGACAAGUUGGGAUAUCAAUUCCAAAAAUAUAUGAGUCGAUAGCUGCACAGGCUGGUGGUUUUAAUCGAGUUUCAUUUACUAAGCGAGACAUGUACAACGAAAUUUGGUGGCAGCGAGCCCUUCAGAAUGGCAAUGUGAAUGCUGACUUGAGGGCGUUAGCCAAUGCAGCAAGGAUUGAUGACAGAAUGUUUUGGCGGUAUGAGGUUGGGGUUGGGAAUCACAUGUGUGAUUUGUUUUGGAGCAAUGGACGUAGUCAAGAAGACUACAAAUUAUUCGGAGAUGUUCUUGCUUUUGAUGCAACAUAUGGACGGAACAAAUACAAUCUUCCGGUGAUUGUUUUUUUCGGGGUGAAUCAUCACAUGCAAACCUGUGUCUUUGGCACUGCAAUGGUUUCCUGUGAAUCACAAUCUUCAUACGUGUGGGUCUUGAUGAGGUUCCUCGAGUGCAUGGGUGGGAAACCACCUACGGCGGUCAUCACUGACGGGGAUAGAUCUAUGCGCAUAGCAAUCCAGCAAGUGCUUCCCGAAGCUCACCACCGGCUCUAUGCCUGGCAUUUGAUAAGGAAUGCGACGGCCAAUGUUUGUAAUCUAAGAUUCACAUCUUUGUUCAGACAUUGCAUGCUUGCAGACUUUGAGGUUGAAAAGUUUGAAAUGCACUGGCAAGCAAUGGUCGAAGAAUGUGGGACAAGUGACCAUGAGUGGGUUAAGGAUUUAUACACGAAGAAGUCUAGCUGGGCAACGGCUUACAUUCGUGGUUCUUUUUUUGCAGGGAUAAGGACAACCUCCCGGUGUGAGUCAUUGCAUGCAAAGCUUGGUCGCUUUGUCGAGAAGAGAUAUGGAGUCCUAGACUUUGUCACAAACUUCCAGCGAUGUGUUGAUUUUCUCAGAGACAAUGAGGACGAGCUCGAGUUUCGUUCAUCGUAUGGCACCCCAGUCAUUCAGACUCAGUUUCCAGAGUUAGAAAAGUCAGGUGUAUUGUGUUAUACAAGGGAAAUUUUUGUUAGAUAUCGUGAGUCUCUAAAAUGGUCUGUUCGUGUUACGAUUGUGGAGUGCAUCGAAGCAGAUGAUAUUUGCGUUUACGUCAUACAGAAAUAUCGUCGGCCGGAUAGGACAUGGAAUGUCACAUAG